GGAGAGUUAGUGGGUGCAAGUAACAGGAUGCAGAUCACCAUGCAGUCAGCAGGCCUUGCAAGGACCCGGGUGGUCGCUCCACGCGCGUCAGCACUGCAGGCCAGGCCCGUGGCCAGGGUGCCGCCUGCUCAGCGCUCUGCCCUUCGUGCCCAGCCGAAGGAGGCUGUGGAAACGGUAACUCAGGACGACAAGGACAAGGAUGCUGAUACAGAGGAACAGAAGCAGCCGCAGAAGCUGGAGGAAGUCGUGUACACCGACCCUCUGGAACUGUACUGUGAUGACAACCCCGAGGCGGACGAGUGCAGGGUGUAUGAGGACUAGAUGAGAUGUCCGGCUCCAGAUUACAGGAUACCCUUUUGGGCACCAGCACAAUUUUGGCCACAUGUGAGGUUUUUUGGGCACACGCGACCACAAAUGCGAACCGCAGUGCUGAGGAGAAGAGAUAGAAAAUUUUGGUGACUUGACUGAUACAACCGCGUGAGCGGAAAGCCAGAUCUGGCUUUCCUCUAGAGUGACCAGAACUAUUAAGAGAUUGACUUGAGUGUGUGCACAGAUAAGUUGCCAAUUUCCGUGGCCAUGCAUAUUCGUCUACUUUUGACUGUCUGACCCCGAGUGUGGCACAAGCUUCUUGUACGUUGGCCUUGGUCAUGACCAUGUGAGGGGCUGUUAUGGGACGAUUCACUGCAGUGCUGUCUGUACAG